CGAUGCGCGAGGCCAGGCGGGCGUAUGCAGCAUGAGCCACACCCCGCACUCGACUCGUCUGCACCCUGCCUCCGCACCGCCAUCCCCAUCCGCGCCGCAUGCCAUGCGCGUGCCGCUGCUGCUUCUCGCGCUCGGCGCCCUCGCCGCCGCCCUGCCGCAGCAGCUCGCCUUCUCUGCGCCGUCGCCGCUCUACCUCUCUCCUGACGCCUCGGCCGGCGUCUACGUCGAAGGCGCGGCCGAUGCUGGCAGCUACGUCGACGACGACAAGCUCAUCCGCCCCAGCUUCGACACGACGCACUGUCCAGGCUAUCGCGUCGCUGGGCCGCGCACAGAGGCAGCGAGCGGCUUCACGCUGCCUCUGACGCUCGCUGGGCCGCCGUGUCAUGCGUACGGCGUCGACAUUGUCGACCUCACGCUGGCCGUCGUGUACGAAGCGCCCGAGAGGCUGCAUGUGCACAUCUUCGACACGGCCAAGCUGCAGUACCAGCAGCCGCUCGAUCUCAUCUUCACGCGCGCCAGCUCGGAUCCGAAGGAGGUGCAGGGCGUGACGGCAGAACAGAGCCACCUCGAGUUCCACUACAGCGACAAGGGCGUCUUUGAGUGGUGGAUCACGCGCAAGGACGCAAGCGAGGCAGCACCCAUCUUUGAUACGCGCGGCAAGAAGAUGCCGCUGUACAAGGAGGGGCUGGGCAAGUACGCCGACACGGAGCGCAACACGACUGCCAUCCUCUCCAACGCCAUGGUCUUCGAGAAUCAAUAUCUGCAGCUCUCGUCGGCCCUGCCGCACGAUGCCAACAUCUACGGCCUCGGCGAGCGCAUCUCGGGCGGCGGCGUGGGAGACGCCUCGUGGCGUCUGACAGAAGAGACGCUGCAGACGUUCUUCACGCUCGAUGAUCCUGAUCCUCUCGAGUCGAACAUGUAUGGCUAUCAACCCAUCUACAUGGAGACUCGACAGCUCAAAGACGGCUCUCUCUCAUCCCACACCGCUGCGUUCCAAAGCACGUCUGGCCUUGACAUUGUCCGUCGCAAGGGACUCAUUCAGUAUCGCGCCAUUGGCGGCACGCUCGACUUUCGCUUCUUCAGCGGCAGCAGUGUCGACGCGUCUCACAACUCGACGAUGACGGCGUCGCGCUCUGCAGACGACGAUUCGAGCAUCGCCAAGGCAAAGUUUUUCAACUCACCGACGAGUGCUGUGGCGCAGUACAACGCCUACAUCGGGCCAAGCACCAUGGUGCCUCGCUGGGCACUCGGCCUGCAUCUCUUGCGCUGGGGCUAUCGCAACAUCAACGACUCGCGUCUCUCGGUGCAGCGCAUGCGCGAGGCCGACAUUCCGCUCGAAGCGGCGUGGGCGGACAUUGAUUGGCUUCAAGGCGCGCGCAACUUCAUCCCCAACGCGCAGAUGUGGCCGGCAGAGGAGAUGAGGGCGUACACGAAAGAGCUGAGAGAGAAUCAUCAGAGCUUCGUCCCCAUCGUCGACGGCGGCGAGCUCGACGUCUUCAUGAAGGACGCAGAAGGCAAGCUCUACCUCGGCGAAGUGUGGCCCGGUCUCACGUGGUACAUUGACAACUUCGCGCCGAACACGCCCCAGUGGUGGGAGGAGGCCAUGCACAACAUGUCGCAGCUCUUUGACUUCACUGGCAUCUGGAGCGACAUGAAUGAAAUGUCGAGCUUCCGCAUGGUGGACCGGACGUACGAGCCGGCGAAGCACGAGUACACAGAUGCGAAGACACGCUUCCUUUGGGACCGUGAGUGGGACUAUGAUGCUACGCAGAGCGCAGAGAGCCUGCCGCUAAUUGCAUGUCACUUCAUGCUCGCCUCGCCGCCAGCACCCUAUGCGAUUCACAACGGCGACGACUUCCGCGGCCCGCUCGAGGACAAUCUCAACAAGCGCACGAUUGCAAUGGACGCCGUCAACAGUGCGGGGCCAUACUACGACACCAAGAACAUCGAUGGCACGCUGAGCGUGAUGCACACGCACAACGCCCUGCUGAAGCUCAAGCCCAAUGAACGACCCUUCAUCCUGACGCGCUCCAAUGCGCCCGGCGCCGGACGAUGGGCGUUCCACUGGCUAGGCGACAACUUCUCGACGUGGCAAUAUCUCGCAAAGUCGAUUCAAGGCAUGUUGCAGUACCAGCUCUUUGGCAUUCAUCUCGUUGGCUCAGAUGCCUGCGGUCAUGCCGGGGACACAACUGAGGAGCUCUGCAACCGAUGGAUGCAGCUCGCCGCCUUCACGCCUUCCGCCCCUCUCUCCCGCUCUCCUUCUCUCUCGCUCGCCUCAGUUGCGAGAAACCACGAAAACAUAGCGUACCGCCCCCAGGAGCCGUAUGUGUGGGAAAGCGUGGCUCGCGCUUCGCGCAUUGCGUUCUACAAGCGUCUCGAAGUGAUGCCAGAGCUCUACACGACCAUGGUCCGCGCUUCUCAGCGCGGACAUCCAGCCGUUCGUUCCCUCUGGUUCGACUUCCCGUCAUCUUUCGACACGCUACGAGGCACGGACACACAGUACAUGUUCGGCAAUCUCCUCGUGUCUUCCGUGCUCGAGCCGGACGUGGACUCGGUGCAGGCAUUCUUCCCCUCUGCUGGAGGCGCUUGGGUCAACAUCUUCGACUUCUCCCGCGUCACGACCUUCGACCGCAAUAUCACCGUGCCGGCGCCACUCGGCGCCAUCAACGUGCAUCUUCGUCCCUCUCGCAUCAUUCUCACGCACGCCGAGCCUCGGUACACGACGUACGAAAGUGCGCAAGGGCCGUUCCGCCUGCUCGUCAACCUGGAUGAUCACGGCGAAGCGAGCGGAGAAGCAUAUGUCGACGAUGGCAUCUCGAGGAUCCCGACGCCGAACAAGGAGCUACGCUUCGUGGUGCAGAACAACUUGCUGCUCGGCUCGGUGCAGGGAGAGUACAACAUCGAGCAGAAGCUGGACAGGAUCACUUUGCUGGGUGUCAAGAGGGAGCCGAGAGACGUCUACGCCGGCGAUCGCAAGCUGGAGGUGGAGUUCGAUGAGGGCAAGCAAGUGCUCACCAUCAAGGGCGUCGAUGCGGAUCUGAACAAGUGGUGGAAGGUUCAGUGGACCUAGUUCGAUGCGAGGCCGUUGCGAGUCUUCGGCUCCUCGACGUCCAGUCGCGCGAGUCACGACAGAUGCUCGAGAGGCAAUGAGAUGAUCAAGUGACGUUCG